AUGCAAGAACAGGUCCAGAAGAGAGAAAGAAGAAGCCUCUCUUCUUCUGUCCAGCAGUGUCCAUUAUGCAAGAGAGUGUGCGAACAAAACGCGGACGGACAAACCGGUCCCUUUUUAUUUCUCUAUUUUUCUCUCUCAUUCAUAUUCUAUUCAUCUGAUUUGCCUCUCUCAACGCAUCCAACUCUUCGGAAGACCAUCGUUGGAUCCGAAUCCAUAGAUGAAUGGUCGCCGUCGUCGCGCGCGACUAUUCUCGGGCGGCGCCAUGAUUGA